UUGCCCUGUGUCCUGAGAGACUUUCACAUAGGAUUUAGUGGAGACAGGAGACGUCAAGUCUACAUGAUAAGGAUGGGAAUCCUUCAAGUACUGAAAACCCAGCUGCUAUGUCAUCUCAUUAUCUGUUAUGUGUUCCUAGUCAGUGGGUUUAUUAUCAACCUGCUCCAGCUUUGUACUCUACCACUGUGGUAUAUUAACAAGCAACUCGCACGCAGGAUCAACUGCAGAUUGGGUUAUUCCGUUUCUAGUCAAUUGGUGGCAUUGUUGGAGUGGUGGUCCGGGACAGAAUGCACCCUUUACACAGAUCCAGAAAGCUAUCCUUUCUAUGGCAAAGAAAACGCCAUUGUUGUCCUCAAUCAUAACUUUGAGAUAGAUUUUAUGACCGGCUGGACCUUCUGUGAGAGAUUUGGUGUUUUAGGGAGCUCAAAGGUGUUGGCAAAAAAGGAACUUUCCUUUGUUCCUGUGAUUGGCUGGAUGUGGUACUUCCUGGAAAUUGUCUUCUGCAAAAGGAAAUGGGAAGAGGAUCGCAAGACAGUAGUGCAAAGCCUGCACAACCUUCGUGAUUACCCAGAAUACUUUUGGUUCCUGUUGCACUGUGAGGGCACACGUUUCACAGAAAAAAAGCACAAGAUUAGUAUGGAGGUGGCAGAGAAGAAAGGUCAGCCCAAACUCAAGUACCACCUUCUCCCUCGGACCAAGGGCUUUUGUGUCACGGUCCAGAACCUCAGGGGAACGGUUUAA